UGUGUAGUAAUAAUUUCGUUGUAAUUGUUUUUACAUCGAAUUUUUAUUCGAUGUUGGUCAGUUUGACAGUUGACGUUUAUUUUGACAUUUGCCAACAGCCCCAAUUGUCUCAAAUUUGCGCAAAAUUACGCAAUUCGCAUCAUGCCUCCCAGGAAGGGUCGUGUCAAAAAAGAGGGCCCCGAAUCGGGGGAGGACUCGGAUGAGUACCGCAAGAAGCGCGACCGCAACAAUUUGGCGGUGAAGAGGAGUCGUGUCAAGUCCAAACAAAAGACCCAGGAGACCUUGAACCGGGUCACGAAGCUCCGGAAUGAGAACACCGUUUUGGAGGAGAAGGUGAAGACUUUGACGAAGGAGUUGGGGUUCCUCAAGGAGUUGUUUAUCGCACAUGCGGCCAAUAACGUGGAUAGUGGGAAGUUUGAAGGGGUGGAUUUGCAGCAGUUGUUGGGGGAGGAGACGAGCUCGAGUUCGGGGGAGAACAAGCAAUAAGGGGGCAAAGUACAAGUUUUUUAAGUGUGUGUGGAAAUUUUACUUGUAAUUAGGUGUGACUAUGAGGAAAUUAAUUAUGUAUUACUUAUGUGAUCACUUUAUUUUAAUAAAACACGUUUUUUUAUUA